GUCUCUUUGUUUCACUAAUGUUGUCGCUCUGUGAUAAGCAUGCACAUGCUGUCUCUCUAGGUGUGAAGUAUGGAGAAACUGAGCUAAAGAUGGGAUCUGUAGUGUCGUUCUUUGAGCAGUUAUGUGGGAGAGAGGUAAAGAAAGAGGAGGAGAGACACUUUCGAGCUAAUGACAGAUCUUUCAACCUCUCUUACCACUAUGCUGACAAUGCCAUCAAGACCUCCAAAUACAACAUUUUCACCUUCCUGCCACUUAACCUCUUUGAGCAGUUCCAGAGGCUCGCCAAUGCCUACUUCUUCUUCCUCAUGAUCCUUCAGGUUAUCCCACAAGUCUCCUCUCUCUCCUGGUUCACUACAGCGGUUCCUCUUCUGUUGGUGCUGUCUAUAACAGCAGUCAAAGACGCCAGCGAUGACAUAAACAGACACAAAAGCGACAAGCAAGUGAAUAACCGCAUGGUGAACGUCCUCAUUGAUGGAGAACUAAAAAAUGAAAAAUGGAUGAAGGUUCAGGUUGGAGACAUUGUCAAACUGGAGAAUAAUCAGUUUGUUACUGCAGACCUCAUGUUGCUGUCCAGCAGUGAGCCUCUCAACUUGGUCUAUGUAGAAACAGCUGAAUUAGAUGGUGAAACCAAUCUGAAGGUGAAACAGGCGCUGACUGUAACUGGAGAGAUGGGGGACACCAUCAGUGCACUGGCUAGUUUUAAUGGUGAAGUACGCUGUGAGCCUCCAAACAACCGUCUGGACAAGUUUAAAGGAACCCUGAGUCUGAAUGGACAAACUUACGCUCUGGACAAUGACAAGGUGCUGCUGAGAGGAUGCACUCUGAGGAACACUGAGUGGUGCUUUGGUCUGGUCAUCUUCGGAGGUCCUGACACCAAGCUGAUGCAGAACAGCGGAAAGACGACAUUCAAACGGACAAGCAUUGAUCACCUGAUGAAUGUCCUGGUGUUGUGUAUCUUUGGUUUCCUGGCAUCUAUGUGCACCGUUUUGGCCAUUGGUAAUGCAAUCUGGGAGACGAGGGAGGGCUCAGUGUUCACAGUCUUCCUCCCUCGGGAGCCCGGGGUUAGUGCCUCUCUCUCAUCCUUCCUAUCCUUCUGGUCCUAUGUCAUCAUCCUCAACACAGUGGUGCCCAUUUCUCUCUAUGUCAGUGUGGAGAUCAUCCGUCUGGGGAACAGCUUUUAUAUAGACUGGGACAGAAAGAUGUACUACCCCAAAAAUGACACUCCUGCCCAGGCAAGGACCACCACGCUCAACGAGGAGCUGGGCCAAAUCAAAUACAUCUUCAGUGACAAGACCGGCACCCUGACGCAGAACAUCAUGACUUUCAACAAGUGCUCCAUUGAUGGGAAAAAUUACGGGGAGCUGUUUGACUUUGCUGGUCAAAGGGUGGAAAUAACAGAGAAGACAGAGAAAGUGGACUUCUCCUGGAACCAGCUGGCUGAUCCAAAGUUCGUCUUUCACGACCACAGUUUGGUGGAGACAGUGAGAGAGGAAAACCUGAAGGCUCAGUCCUUCUUCCGUUUGCUGGCUGUGUGCCAUACCGUCAUGCCUGAGGAAAAGAAAGAGGGUGAGCUUUUCUAUCAGGCUCAGUCUCCUGAUGAAGGCGCUCUGGUGACCGCAGCCAGAAACUUUGGGUUUGUGUUCCGCUCACGCACACCGGAGACCAUUACAGUGGUGGAAAUGGGCCGAACAAUCACCUAUGAACUUCUGGCUGUUCUUGACUUCAAUAAUGUUCGCAAGAGAAUGUCAGUGAUAGUGCGUAGCCCCGAAGGCAAGUUGACUCUCUACUGCAAAGGAGCAGACACCAUCAUCUAUGAAAGACUGCACCCGUCCUGUAGCAAACUGAUGGAAGUUACCACCAAUCACCUCAAUGAGUAUGCAGGCGACGGCCUUCGCACACUGGUUCUGGCCUACAAGGACUUGGAUGAGAGCUAUGUGGCAGAGUGGCAACAGCGUCAUCAUGACGCCAGCACUGCCAUGGAGGACCGAGAAGAGAGACUUGAUCAACUCUAUGAGGAGAUAGAGAAAGACCUGCAGCUGUUGGGAGCGACAGCUGUGGAAGACAAACUGCAGGACGGCGUGCCGCAGACCAUAGAGCAACUGGCUAAAGCUGACAUCAAAAUCUGGGUGUUGACUGGUGAUAAACAGGAGACGGCAGAGAAUAUUGGCUAUUCCUGCAACAUGCUGAGAGAGGAGAUGAAGGAGAUUUUCGUUGUGGCAGCCAAUACAGCUGAAGGAGUCAAAGAGGAGCUACGGAAUGCCAGGAGGAAAAUGUGUCCAGAAGCUGCAGAGGAGCCAUCUGUGAUCAAGGUUCGUGCAGGCCUGUUUUGGCUUCAGAAGACAGAGACUGUGCAGGAUGAAAAGGUGGAUGGAGAAUAUGGCCUAGUUAUUAAUGGACACAGUCUGGCCUUUGCACUGGAGAAGGACUUGCAGCUGGAGCUGCUUAGGACAGCAUGUAUGUGUCAGACUGUGAUUUGCUGCAGGGUCACCCCCCUGCAGAAAGCCCAGGUGGUUCAGCUGGUCAAGAAAUACAAGCAGGCUGUCACUCUGGCCAUCGGGGAUGGGGCCAACGAUGUCAGCAUGAUCAAGGCUGCUCAUAUCGGUGUGGGUAUCAGUGGUCAGGAGGGCAUGCAGGCAGUUCUCUCCAGCGACUUUUCCUUUGCCCAGUUCCGUUACCUGCAGCGCCUUCUGCUGGUGCACGGCCGCUGGUCCUAUCUACGCAUGUGCAAGUUCCUACGAUAUUUCUUUUACAAGAACUUCACCUUCACCUUUGUGCACUUCUGGUAUGCCUUCUUCUGCGGCUUCUCUGCACAGACUGUGUAUGACGAGUGGUUCAUCACCUUGUACAACCUGGUUUACACAGCUCUGCCCGUUCUUGGCUUGAGCCUCUUUGACCAGGAUGUCAAUGACCGCUGGAGUUUCCAGUACCCUCAGCUCUACUGUCCAGGCCAGCUGAACAUGUACUUCAGUAAGAAAGCCUUUGUGCGCUGUCUGAUACACAGCUGCUACAGCUCCCUCAUCCUCUUCUUCAUCCCGUGGGCCGCCAUGCAGGACACGGUCAGAGAUGACGGCAAAGACAUUGCUGACUAUCAGUCCUUUGCUUUAUUGGCCCAGACCUGUCUGCUGGUUGUGAUGAAUAUACAGCUGUGCCUGGACACCCAUUACUGGACAGCAGUGAACCAGUUUUUUGUAUGGGGCAGCCUGGCAGCUUACUUUGCCAUCACAAUGACCAUGUACAGCAAUGGGAUGUUUCUCAUCUUUACCUCCUCUUUCCCUUUCAUCGGCACAGCAAGAAAUUCUCUGAACCAGCCUAACGUGUGGCUCACCAUAUUCCUGACCUCCCUCCUCUGUAUUCUGCCUGUUGUGGCUUUCCGCUUCAUUCUCAUUCAGCUUCGGCCCACCAUCAACGACAAGGUGAGACAUAAGGUGCGGAAGGAGGCACUGCCAGCUCCUGCACCUCGCCGCCCACCUACCAGGCGUAUCAGCACCCGUCGCUCUGGCUACGCCUUCUCCCAUGCUCAGGGCUAUGGUGAUCUGGUAACGUCUCGGAGGUUCCUACUGAAACUGCCCCUGCGGAGUCGCCCGGCACUGUUUACACAAACAGACUCUCCUCUGGCUCAGAGUCAGCCGCAGCACUACCGCACCAUUGCAGAGGAGCGUGAGGAUUCACAGAGCGCUCACACAGGAAGUAUAAGCACAGCAAAGAGUGUGCGAUCAGCAUAAUAAGUUUUUAUUUUCAAGCAGAGGGUAAAGCUCACUACCUGGAUUGUUUCCAUGUCAAAGCUUUAGACUAAAAUUGAGGUUUUUUUCUAAUGGUUGAAUGUUAAUAUCACUGUGAAUAUGUUGAACAUGGCAGCAUAGAACCUUAAAGGACCACACUGGUGCUUUGGCAUGUUUUAGCAAUUAUUAUAUACCACACUCUACAUCCUGCUGACCAUUUUCCAAAGCAUACCAGAAGGUUUUACAUUGAUUUUCCUCCCUACAGGUAGAUAAUAGUGUCACUUCAUUUCAUUACAGCUAUAAUCAACUUGUGAAAAAAUUUGUUUGUGAGGUAAUUAAUCAUUGAAGUGCCUUAUGUUUUGUCACUGUCAUGUGGUAAAAUGGUUUUCAGCAGGGAACUCUUGAAUACUGAUUCAAGCACACUUUAAUGUCUGCAAAUGGGAAGUCUGGAUGCUAAAAAGCACUUUUUAAUUGCAAAGAAGAGAUUAAAUUCACAUUUUUUUUACAAGGGUUAGGUUUAGGGUUUUGAGUAACAUGAUUUAUUACUGUUGCGACUAAAAAGUAUAUAGGGAGCUUUGGAAAAUGGCCAGAAAAACUGUAUGCAGUUGACACUUAAUCAAGUAAAACAUGCAAAACCAGAAACUGCGAUGAGAUUAACUUUGUGUCAUGCACACCAUGUUAUUUUUAUUUUUUUUUUGAUGUGUCGAUUUUUCCAGAAAGUCAAGUUAAACGAAUGUAAAGGUUGCCAUUAGCUGAUCUGGAGGAACUGGACUUCCACACUGCCUGCAACAUGAUGUUGCAUUUUGUUCCGUUUAAUUUUUUUGUGUGAAUCGUAGAUACUCAGGGUGUCAUACCAAGAGAGGAUAAAACUGUGAUUUCAAUGGAAAUCUAGGAUGAACCUAUUUUUACUCUGGUGUUUACAUAAUUAUUGACAUGAAGAUUUUUUAACACUGUUGUUAUUGUUGUUCUAGUGUGUUAAUAAUCUGUUCAUUUAAUAUAUCUGUCGCCUACAAAGAGAUGGAUAAUACAGAGCCCCAAAGGGGACAUGGUAGAGACAAAAAAAUAGAUGGGUGAUGAAAAAAGGUUAAAUAGUUUUGCAUACCCAAGAAACUUUUGUGUUCACCAAGGAAAUAUUACAGUCAUACUGAGUCAUGAGAACAGUGAUUAACAGUGGCCAAGCUAGUCGGCAGUGGCCAUAUGAAGUAAUGUUAUUGUGCCUCUGAGUGAGGCGAAUGUCCUGAAACUUACAUUUACACAUCUUCUGUUUUGUUAACUAUAAACAGGAUAAAAAAUAUAGUACAAAAAAACUGGACGCAAGACGUAAUUAGACUAUAUUAAAUAGUAAAAAAAAGUUUGUAUACAUGUACAAAAUUGCAAUAUACAGUAUAUACAGCCUCUUCAGAUAUACAGUAUUAACUGAAAUGUAUUGUACAUUUUGUAUUUAUUUACAAUUGUAUUCUUGUCAUUAUUAUGUUAGUAUUUUAUUUAUGUUCAUAUAAGAGCACACAAAGAACAUGUAAAAUGUCUUUGUGUAUCUUUCAGGACCUUCUCCUCGCUCAGAGGCUGUCCAUCACAGAGGACAUUGGAAACAGCAGUGUUAGGAUUAAUCUAAUAACCCAUUGACAAAAUAAAGCCAAAAACAGGUCUAACACGAGGAUAAAGAGCAAUGUAUGCUGAUGUGAUCAUCGUUUUUUUUUUUUUUUAUAAAGAAAACAGAAAAUAAAAUACAUAGAUGUAUCUUUCUGGACCUUUGCCUAAUUUAAGGACACAACUUCAGACAGUGACUGAUGGCUAGCUAGCCUGACCAUGGUUUAUCAGUUUUCAAUUCCAUACCGCUGUAUUUUUUCUCUGGGGAAUGCAAAAGAUGUGUGAGAUUUAUUUAUUUUUCUUUUUUUAAAAUCCAUCCCAUUUUUUUUCUACAUGUCCUCUUAGCAAAUCCAAGAAUCACAAAGUAUUGCCAGCCUUACUCUGCCUCUGAUUGGCCUACCCUGGCAUUCUAGCCCCAACCAAUCCAGCCAAUGAAGGCAAUGAAAACUAGCCACUCAUAGGGGACGUAGGGCAGGUCAUUCCUUUGCCAUCUUAGUAUUCACAAAUUUGUGUCCCCUUAGGGGCUCCAUAGAAUAACUUGUUUAAUCGGUACCACUUAGUAAGAGUAUUUUUAAGGUCCAUCCCGGGUCAGUGUUGUCUUUUUACCUGUAUUUUCAGUAAAAUAAUGGUACCGAAAUGGUUUAUCUACCAUAUGAGGGACAGUGCAAUUACCAGCAGACAGCACAUUAUUCAGUAGGUCCCUUUUUAUCAAUCCUAUCACCUAUAUUGUCACUGUUUUUCAUUUUAUUAUGUCAGCCUACUCAGAGUCACCUCUGAUGAGAUUUUUGUUUGCCGAGUUCGGAUCAAGUGUCUCCAUGCAUUUUAUCUGUAAAUAAAACAAAUAACUUAAUUACGAGACCAUCAUCAGGGCAAAUGUAAAUCU